AUCAAAAAUUAAAAAAAAGUUAGAUACACUCUAUGUGUAUGUAUAGAUAUAAAUAACUUCACAAAGGUUUCAUUGAAGAUAGAUAAAAAAGUGAAAUACAUAAAACCUCACUCUCACUCUUCUCUCUCUUUCUUAAACUCUCUCUCUCUCUCUACAAGUUUUUCAUCUCAAAGCAAACCAAACCUAAGGGUUUUCUCUCUCAUUUUCACUCUCCAAAUUCAUCACUUUAUACUUAAAAUCACUUCAAGAUUCUUGCAAAUCUGGACACCCUUUUGUUUCUUCUUUACAAAUAUACCCUUUUUUCAAUCAUCCGUGGAAAUUAAAAUUCUGGGUUUUUUAACUCAAUCGAAUUUGGGAACAAGACAUUUAGUUGUUCUCCUUUUACAUGGAGAAAAGUAUCAUAGCAGUGGAAGAAAAUACUCGUAGAAGUGAUACUGACACUCCUGUGGCUAAAUCAUUGGGCGGGCUUAUACAAAUUGAUUCAAUAUCUAUUGAGCUUAAUAUUCCUAGGCUGAUGAAAGAGGAAGGAAACUGCCAACAUUUUUCUCUACGUGGAUACGUUGCUGACAUGAGGAUAAAAGACCGGAAAGUAUGUUCACCUUUUCCAUCAGCCAGUGACCACAGUAUUUCUGAGGAAGAACUUCCUCCUCUGGAUGCUCCUAAAUUUAGGUGGUGGCGAUGCAAAAAUUGCAUUGACGAGAUUGGCACAGAAAGUGCAGCAGAAGAGACUGAGAUCCGUGCAAACGUGGCUUCUACUGACGAUGCCACAACAAAUGCAUUAUCAGAGAUGAAGCAUGAGUCAGUUGCAAAAAAGGGCGACAGAAACAAAGCUAUUAUCGAUGAUUCCGCCAAUACCAGUGGCUUUGACCUCUUAUUUAAGCCUUACAAAGGAAGGGGCACUGUGGUUGAAGACAAAGCUGUCACAGCUGGCAACAGAACUGGUUCAGGAAAUGUUAGAGAUGAGGAGAUCAGAUGUCCAACUGUUGAGGUAGCAAUAUCUAAACAUUGCUCAGGCCAAGAAAUAGAUGGAACGAGCCCAGCUGCUAAUCUGUCAAACAACAGCACACAAGUUGCAAUCUCUGACUCAACUCUGUCAGGGGGUAAAAUUGUUUCCCAUGGAAAUCUCUACAUACGUGCUGAUGAUGUAAGUGUUGAUAUUGGUGCAGAGCCAGCAAUGAAUUCUCCAAAGGAUGGUCAGAGGACUGCCUCAACAGCUUUUAAGCAAUCUGAUAUACCGGAUAUCAAUGAUAAAGCUCUUGAAACCAGUAAAACGAAACUGAGUAGGUUACCUUCCAUUGAGUUGAGAGACUACAACGGAACAUCUUCAGGAAGUGACACAACUUUGGCUAAAAAUAGACAGUGUGAUUCACACAAUGAUAUUCCAAAUGAUCUACCACGUCGGAAAAUUCGAAAGGUGCGUCUGUUGACUGAUAUAUUGCGUGAACCAGCCGAUUUGGAGACUAGCCAUGCCAAAGCGGUUCGUAAUUCAUCGAGCAUUCCGACCGUGGCGCCUCGUGAGCUAGAACCAGUUGGUACGUCUAAGGAUAAGAAAUACUUUCAGAAGAAGAGGAAGAUGACACAAGAAGUUGAAACCAAUCUGUCGGGGAUGGGCAUACAAUACAACAUUGCUAAAAGGGUCAGGUCAUCUAAUGGAGGAGUUGAGAGGAGUCCCAUGGCAAUUGUAACUGCUGAUUCACGUUCAGAUGAGAAGGGAUCUGAUGAAGAAGGUAUACUGGGCGGUAACAGAAGUCUGGGAAUCAAGCAUAGAAAUGGAAUAAAUAAAAAGAAAAAUAAGCAGCUUCAACCUGUUGAUGGAUAUUCCCCUGAAAUGCCCCCGCAGGAUACAACCAUGCAAAAUGGUGGCUCAAAGGGAUAUGGUGCUGUUAAUGGCCUCGUUCAUUCAGUGCAAUAUUCUUCCAUGGGUGGGAAAUUUGGGCCACAUUUAAGUAGUUGUCAGUCAUUGGUAGGAACAGAUAGAGACUCUGAUUUGUUUUGGAGAAGUAGUAAUUUUCCUGAAGUUGGGCGUGUUCCCUCAACUCUUAUGCUUCCAGACAAUAAUUUCGCAGGGGAAAGUUCAACCAGGAGGAAUAAUCCCGUUCAACCAGUGCAUGAAUUAUCUGAUGAUGUAACGCUAGACCUUUCUUUGAACAGCUUCAGAGAUUCUGACAAACAUGCUGAGAAUGAUAUCAUCCAAAGCAAAAAUAUGACAAACUCGCCUUUCAUUCUGCAGAAUGGCAAUAAGGGUACUGAUCCUCGAAGGAAAGAUAAUACUCUUCUCAGACAAUCAAAUGUGCCUGAAUCAGGUCAACCUACAAAGAAAGGAGUGAUUUGUGACCUCAACCAGGGAGCUCCGCAGACAGCACCAAUGUGGCAGGAGAUCCAAAACUCUCCAAUUCUACUUCAGAAGGGGAACCUUCAAGUUCCUGAGCUAAUGGAAACGCCUCACCAGCAUAACAAAGAAAAUCUUAAUGAAUUUCUAGAACAUUCUGGUGUGAUUAAGCAUCACAGAUAUCAACACUCUGAGAAGGUUUUAGAACGAGGGUUGUCAGAUGAUAUACCAAUGGAAAUUGUGGAGCUAAUGGCUAAGAACCAGUACGAGAGAGGUCUUACUGAGACCAGACCUAAAUGCAUGAUGGAAAGGACUGAUGGUUUUGCAAGGCCAUAUACUGAAAUACAUCAGAGUGAAGCAGUGACGUGGUCACGUCCUGGUGUAACUAGUUUCCGUCCAGCUCAGGCAAAUAUGAAUACUGAUGUUGGAACAAGCAGAGGAAGUUCUCUCCAAAUCUCUCAUGCUAAGAGGAAUCACCUCGGAUUAUCCCAGGCGGAAGGACCACCAACCAAACUCUUUGGUGCUUUUCCACAAACUCAACAGAAAUUUCCCAGUGGAGGGCAAGGUUCUGCUUCCGUGCACAUCAGACCUGGUUUGCAGCGUGGUGAAGAAGCAAAACCUGUAUGGUUUCCAACUGUGCAGAACAUGCCAUUGGGACUUGGAGUGCCGCAGAAAUCCAUCAUUCAGCCAAAUGAUAAAAUGAUUCAUGGACAGGCAUCUGCCUCACUUCAGAAAGGGAGGACUAUCAGUGACAUAAAGAGUGGUGAUGUGAGAAUGCAGAAUGAGCAUCAUCUUCGUUUUCCUAAAUCAAGCAAUGCGGGUUUGAACGUGAAAGGUAUGGGGUCUUUAGAUCCUUAUUGUAAUGAGACAAUCCCUGCUAUGCAGUUACUCAGCCUUAUGGACCGAAGGAUGCCAUCAAGUCCUCCUUUCAAUAUUGAUGCCAACAAACUCCUGGAGAAACCUUUUGCACCCUGCAGCUAUCACCCGAGGUUCCAAAUGGAUGGAAAGCAGAGUAUUCUCAAUGGGUCGUAUUUAUCACAUCAUCAGUUGAAGGAGUCUCCUGGGGUACACCCUGGUGGUUAUUAUGCAGAUCAAAUAUCUUUCAAGUCUCGAGGACAGGAGAAAUCAAGAAAGUCUUAUGGGCCUUCGCGAUGUGGUGGAAGCAAAUUGGAGAGGUUUGUGUCUUCAAGUGGCCUGCUGAGCAAGACUCAAGAUUCUUUUCCUGAGAAGGCCGCCGGGGAAAAAAGAAACCAAGGCACAUCAAAUUCUCGGGUGCUUCCACAGCAGGAUCGUAAUACUUCAAAACUCUUUGGCUUGGAAGGCCUCGGCACUGCUAGAGCUCUACCUGUCAAAAACAAUUGCGAGAGUUGUCUCUGCAGCGUCAAUCGAAACCCUGCUGAAUUUAGCGUACCAGAAGAAGGGAACCCCUUCACCAGGACCAUCAAGGAUCCAAGAAUCUGGAAGAAGUCAUCAAAGGAGAGAUCUCACAAUGUCGACUUGAACAAGCGAAAGCAACCUAGAAUUCCAAAGGAAAGAGCCGGGAGACUACCACCAUUAGGCCGUGCGCUGUGAAGGCCGGCCGUGAAUCGUCUGUGAUUGUAGCUGUGGAGACUCAGUUCAGCUGAAAGCAUACCUCCUAACUUAUACUUUGGUUAUAUCAGCUUGUUGUUGUAUGGUUCCGGAGAUACAUGGGACGCGGUUAAUGCUGGUUUUGGUUUCGCCGCAUAUGAACUCAUUUACUAUACCAGUUAGAGUUUUCUGAGGGAAAAUUAGUCUAUGAUAAUAAGAAAUGUAUGAAAAUGUUAUACUCUAGACACAAAGUUGAGACCUGAUUCCAUAACUUGUGUGUAGUUGUUUGUGCUUUUUGUUGUUGUAAAAAAAGAAUAAGCUUGUUAUGUGCAUCUUCAGUAUGUUUCAAGCAUGUUGAACUAAGACAAUGUGAUAUAAAAUUAGCUUUUGUCCUCAA